GGCUGAGUGUUACCUUCACUUAAGCGCCAAAUUUGAAGUUUCCGCCAUUUUGGUUGUGGACGGAGGUGACAGGCAAAUCCAUAGACCGGGAUUAAGUCACGGAAGGGCAAUAACUAUGGCACCGGGCACACAGGGUGACCCAGUUGAUGUUACUUCAGGUUUAUCAAGUCCUGAAGGUGAUGCCAUAAAAGUCUUUGUGAGAAUUCGGCCCCCUGUAGAAGGAAGUCAAGUUGCCAGUGAUGGGGAUCAGGCACUUUGUCUCUCCGUUUUGUCUUCCAACACAAUCCGUCUGCAUUCUAAACCUGAGCCGAAAAUUUUUACGUUUGAUCAUGUGGCAAAUGUGGAUGCAACUCAGGAAUCCGUGUUUUCAAGUGUGGCAAAAAACAUUGUGGAAUCCUGCAUGAAUGGCUACAAUGGAACAAUCUUUGCUUAUGGCCAGACUGGUUCAGGCAAGACCUUUACGAUGCUGGGACCAUCCGAUUCUGAUAAUUUUACUCAUAACUUGAGAGGGGUUAUUCCUAGGAGCUUUGAAUAUCUGUUUUUCUUAAUCAAUCGUGAAAAGGAAAAGGCUGGUGAUGGGAAAAGCUUCUUGUGUAAAUGUUCAUUUAUUGAAAUCUACAAUGAACAGAUAUUUGACUUGCUAGAGUCUGCGUCAGCCGUCCUCUUGCUCAGGGAACAUAUAAAGAAGGGAGUCUUUGUUGUGGGCGCUAUAGAGCAGGUUGUGACCUCUGCUGCUGAGGCAUAUCAGGUUCUCUCUACUGGGUGGCGAAACAGACGAGUGGCCUCAACAUCAAUGAACAGAGAGUCCUCAAGAUCUCAUGCUGUGUUCACAGUCACUAUUGAAUCAAUGGAGAAGAUAAAUGAAAUCGUGAACAUUAGGUCUUCGCAACUUAAUCUUGUCGACCUUGCAGGAUCGGAGAGGCAAAAAGACACGCACACUGAUGGCGUGAGACUAAAGGAAGCUGGCAGCAUAAACAGAUCAUUGAGCUGCCUGGGUCAGGUGAUAACAGCCUUGAUGGACGUGGCUAAUGGCAGACAAAGACACAUCUGUUACAGAGACUCCAAACUUACAUUCUUGUUACGGGAUUCACUUGGAGGUAAUGCAAAAACAUUUAUCAUCGCAAAUGUUCACCCUGGAUCCAGGAGUUUUGGGGAAACAUUAUCCACUCUUCAGUUUGCACAGCGGGCAAAGCUAAUUAAAAACAAGGCUGUAGUUAAUGAAGACACCCAAGGGAAUGUGAGUCAGCUGCAAGCAGAGGUGAAGAAAUUGAAGGAACAGCUUUCUCAGCUUCUUUCCGGACAGAUGCCACAGGAUAUUUCUAUUGCCAGAGCACCGUCUAUUGAUGACAAUUUUACAGACUACAUGAAUAACUUUUUAGAGGCUAUGAUGCUCUUGGAAAAGUCGGACACUGAAAAAAAGACUCUAUUGCAAAAAGUAGCCCAGCUUGAAGAUCUCUGCAACAAGAAAGAAAAAUUCAUCCAGUCAAACAAAAUGAUAGUGAAAUUCAGAGAAGAUCGCAUUGCCCGACUUGAGAAGGCUCACAAAGAAGGUCGAAAUUCAUUGUCAAAUAAUGAACAGGAUGACCUCAUAGUAGAGCUGAAGGAAGAACUGCUUGUUUUAAAAGAACAGGUUGAUCACCACCCUCGUGUAACCAAGUAUGCACUGGAAAACUAUAAUCUCAGAGAGGAGAAUAAACGCCUCCUUUCCCUUCAGUCAGUGAAACGAGCACAUGAAAUUAACAAUUAUAUGAUGGCAGAUCUUGAGCGAGCUUUCUUGGAAGCCACUGCAUUGUUAAAGAAUAAUGGAGUUGUACCAAUGCACUCCACACCAAUACAUCCAGAUAACAAUUUGGUUUCUACCGCAAAGCUGCAGGAUAAGUUGUUACAGGUUCAAAGUGAGCUGGCUACUGCAAUGCAAGAAUAUGAGGAAUUCAAAGAGCUGACAAAAAAGAAGCAAGUUGAGCAAGAAUCAGAACUUCAGUCUUUGCUCAAAUCCAACAAUCAUCUUGAAAAUAUUUUGGAGGCUAUACAAGCUCACAAGAGGCAUGAAGUGUCUCAGUUGAAUAAAAUGCACGUAGAAACAAUAAAGAACAUGACUACUCCGACAAGAGCAUAUAACUUGAGGUCUCGACUUGUGCCUCAGCUCAGCCCAGAUUGUGAGCAAAAUGAGUUUCCCAGUACCCCCAAGUCAGGGGAGCAUCAUGUCAAUUUAAUUAAUGAACCUAUCCCUCCAGAAAUGAGUGAGCAAGCUUAUGAAGCUAUUGCUGAGGAACUACAAAUGGUGCAGGAGCAAGUAACAGCUCUGCAAGAAAAACUUGAUGAAGAAGAGAGUAAAAACUUGAAGCUGCAACAGCAAGUGAACAAGAUGGAGCAUCAUUCAUCUCAGAUGCAAGAGCUUUUCUCUUCAGAAAGGACCAGCUGGAACAUCAAGCAUCAGGAGCUUCUUCAACAAAUUAAUAUUUAUGAAAAACAACAACAAGACUUUAAGAUUAGGGAGGAUGUGUUGAAGAGUGAGGUCCAUGAUCUGCGAGUGGUGCUGCAGUCUGCAGAUCGUGAACUUCGGACAGUGAAGAAUGAGUAUAGCUUGUUUAAAGAUAAACAAGACAAGGAGAUGACUCUGCUAUCUGACCGACAUAUCAAUGUGCAGCUACAACUAGAUAAUGUCAGGCUGGAGCAUGAAACUUUAUUAGAGGAGAAGCGAUCUCUCCAAGAUGCCUAUGAUAACCUGGAAGAGGUGAUGAAAUUUGAGACUGAUCAACUAAAACAAGAAUUUAUUGGCAGCAAACAGGAGAAUGAGACUCUGAAAGCUGAACUUAGUAAUCUUUUGGAGCUUUUAGAAACCGAAAAGGAACACAGACAAAACCUGAAGUUUCAGCUGGAGGAGGACAAAGAGAACAACUCUAAAGAGCUUCUGAAAGUUCUAGAGGAGAAUGUGAAUCUCAAGAAACAGUACUCAGAUCUGGUGACAAAGUGUGAACUGCAGGUCACAGAGCUUCAAUCGCUUAAACUCCAUUUAACUUAUUCCAAAGAGACUAUAUCUGAAUUGGAAAAGAAAAGUUCUUUGGAUAAGGAGAUCAUGAGUGACCUUAUGAACCAAAUCCAAGGUUUGAGGACAACCAUCAUGCACAAAACGGAGUCUAUAGAUGUACUUACAAGGGAGCUGGAAGACCUCCAUAGUAAAUACAGUUCUUCAUUGUCUGCAAAAGAAGAAAGCAAAACACUUCUAGAACAACAAGAAAAACUAAUUGACGAUCUGAAAGAGAGCUUGGAAAGGAAACGGUCCGCUGACACCAUUGAGAGAGAGCUCUUAUGCGAUGAUUUGCUUCAUGCAACUGAACAGCUUGGCAAGUUAACGGAAGCCUUUAACAAGCAGGAGGCCUUGCUUAAAGACCAGAAGGAAGAGUUGCUCAAAAAAGAACAAUUAAUUGCAGACCUGACUAACCAGUUAAAACAGGGCCUUGACAUCACUAACAGUGAGGAUGAAGGAGUAAAGAUGACAAACAGCAACGGGGGUUCUCCUAUGCUGCUGCAGACCCCUAAAACACCAAUGGCAAAUCCAUUUGAAUCUGAACUGUCACAUUGCUUAAAUAAAAAUUCCCUAUUGGAACACCUUGUAUCUGAACUAAAUGAAGAACGAAUGACUAAAAAUGAAGAAAUAAUCAGGCUUAAGACCCAGUUGUGUGAAACAGAAAAUCUACGCCUUGAGAUCCAAAACUUGCAGGGACUGUGCAGGGACUUAAAAAAUCAGCUGGACAACAGAGAAAAAGGAGAGCAGACAUGCAAAGAGCAUAAACAAUCUGAUAUGCUGGAGCUGAAAAGAGAAAUAGAAAAGGAAGUUUGUGAACGAAUGGAAAAGGGUAAAGCAACUGAGCAACUCCUGAAAGUGCAGUCAGAGUUAGAGGAGGUAAGAAACUUGCUCCAAAGUAAAGAACAUUCCCUGAGUGAGUUACACAAUGAAAUUGAGCGUACAAGAGCUUUAGAGACCAAGGCCUUCAAAGAAAAAGAGGAAAUACGUUCAUUAUUGGAAGCAAAAAAUGAGGAGACCGAAAAAAAAUUACAGGAGGCAGAGCUGCAGAGAAAGCAAAUUGCUUUUCUUGUGGAGGAGAAUGGGAAACUACUGGGCCACCAAAACCCGCAGCAGAAAAUUCAGUAUCUAGUGAAGCUUAAAAAGGAGAACAACAAACUAGUGGAGGAGAUUAACAAGCUGCGAGCAGAGAAAAUUUUACUCACAGAAGGCAAAAAACUUGAUCACUGUUCUGACGCUUGUUAUGAAUAGUAGCAUGAAAGCGACAAAACUCUAAAUAUAUGGAAAGGAGACGCCAUUUUAAUGUUAUAACUGCAGUGUUUCAAAAAUGCUUGAAUGCCUGUUAGAUAGGCGGAGCAAAUCUCCAUACUAUUUAGCAUCUUGUCAAGUGAUUUCUCAUCUAACGUACUCGUCUAGAAAAUGUGGUUUAUUUUAAAACAUAAAGGUACAUUAGCAGGUGAUUGAAAGGUAGCGCCACCCAAAAUAAAAAAUAUAGCUUUAUUUGGAGUUCAAUGAGAUGAUAAAAAAAAAAACUAUCAAUAAUGUUGAAAUCUCACCCAAAGCUGCUAAUAAAGUGUCGGGUGGAGCGAUCAUUUAUAUUAAAACAUGUCACAUUUUCACUGCCAUCAAUGUUAUUGCAUUAAUUAGGAUGUUUUUUUUUGUUUUUUUCUUUUCUUAGUAUUUUGUUUUAUUACACCCGUGCUGUCAGUGUAAGUUCAUUCCAGAAUGUUGUAUCAUGUUUAAUUACUGUCCCUCCAUUUAAACAUUUUGAAUGUGUUCAGCUCCAUGCAGUUGCCUAUGUACUAACUUUGUUAGUACAUAUAGACUGGCAAACAUACAGAUAUUUCUUUUUUCUUUUCUUUUUUUCUUUUUUAAAUUGCUAACUUUAGAAUGAAAAUAUUUGAGCAAAUAUUUCUACCCUAUAAAGUAUAUAAAACCUUUACUAUUUUCCUAUUACAAUUUCUGUAGCUAUAAGAUUGUAUAGAUAUUGUAUCUAUUGUAAGUUUUAUAUAAGCAUAUUGGUGGCAGCUUAUCUGAAAUGAUGUAGAAAUGUAAAUAUUUGUCUUGUCUUUUUCCUUGUAACAUAUAAAUGUAUAAUGAAUUGUGUACACAUUGUGUGUGUCUUUGGUGUUAUCUGACUGUGAGUUGAUCAGAAGUUUAGUCCCAAAAAAUGAAUCUGCCUCAUAUAACAAAUGCUAGUUAAAGACUUCUGUUUUGAGAAACUUUGUGUGUGACCUAAAAUGAUCAAAGUUUAAAGUUUUAGUGUACCAACAAAUAAACAAGUAUGUAUGUUUCUUGAUAUUUUCCUUUUUGAGUUGAAGGUAAAUAAAGAUUCUCUCUGAAUUA